AUGAGAGCAGUUUCGAUCGGGGCCGCUGCCUGUUUAGCGGCGGUUGCUCAGGCCGAGCUAUCAAAAAUUGUUAAAGUCGAUGUCGCUAGCCAGCAGUUCAUCGAUGCGGAGGGACGGUCUCGCCAUUUCCAUGGUACUAACAUGGUCAAGAAAAGGUUCCCAUUUCACGAAGAUAUCGAAAACUUCGUACCUGGCUACUCUGUCGUUGACAGGGAUAUUCAAUUCCUCAAGGACUUGAAUGUUAAUUGUGUUAGGCUGGGUGUCCAUUGGGCUGGUGUGGAGCCGGUCCGUGGAGAAUAUAACCAAACAUACUUGGAUGUUACUACCCACAUCAUCAAAAAGUUCGAGGAAAAUGGUAUUUAUACCAUGAUAGACCAACAUCAAGAUGUUUGGGCUGCGCAGACAUGUGGCCACGGGGCCCCGCUUUGGUUCGUCAAGAAGGACUGGGUGAAACCCGCCCACCGAAUGCCGUACCCUCAAAAAGCACCAUUCGCUGUUGAUGCCAACGGCGUUCCCUCCGACGAGGAUUGUAACUCGAUUGAUUGGGCUGUGUCUUACUUAGACUUCGCCCCUGCGAACGCCUUCGGCCGUCUUUACAACAACUACGACGGGUUGGGCGAUGCAUGGGCUGCUUAUUGGAAGGUUCUAGCUAAAGAAUACGGCCAAUAUACGGGAGUGAUGGGCUAUGAUCUUAUGAAUGAGCCCUGGGUCGGUGACCACCACGCGAAUCCGCUUCUCUUGAUCCCCGGUGUCGCUGAUCGCGAGAACAUGGAACCCCUUUGGAACAAAGGCAACGAUGCAAUCCGUCAGGUCGACGAUACCACAAUCGUUAUGUUCGAAGGGUCGACAUAUGAUAUUCUUGCUGGAUUCAACAAUGUCCCUGGUGGUGAUGGAUCCAAAACCGCUCAUUCCUACCACUACUACAAGCCGCCACAAAUCAGCGGCAUCGAGACUACCAUUAAGAACCGUAUCAAGGAUGCUACUCGUCUCAAGACUGGUGGUAUAUUGACAGAGUUUGAAAUGUGGGGCUCAAAUACAGCCGGUCCCCUCGAAGCGGUUCGAGUUGCGGACAAGUAUCUUCAAUCGUGGACCGCGUGGUCGUAUGAAGAGCUUUUUGAUCGAACAAACAUGACUUCUGUGCCAUACCCACAUUUGGCCCGAGUGCACGCUCGUACAUUCGUGGAAGCCACAGCUGGUAUAACGAAGGCCACCUAUUUCGAAGAUUCAACAGGAAGAUAUUGGGUUUCCUGGACCGCCAAUACUGCCAUCAAGGCGCCUGGGUUGAUCCGUAUAGUUCCCAAAUCGUACUACCCAGAUGGAAUUAGAAUAAUCACCGAGCCUCCGAACGUGAUCAAGUGGAAAUCUGAGAACGAAAAUGUGAUUCAAUUGCAUUACACCGACAAAGCAGUCAAUGGACAACUUAUUACGGCAAGCGUUCAGCCUCUCUUCCCGACUGGGCCUAUCAUGAACUCUGCAUCUGGCGGCAAGUGCAUGGAUGUGUUUAAUGCCACUGUUCUUCCUAACAACCAGGUCAUUCUUUUCAAGUGCACAGGGCCAGACUGGAACCAGGUCUGGAAGUUCAAGCAAGGCACUAUUCAGCUUGCAUUUGACAAAGAUAGCGCCUCUGGAAAGUACUGCCUUGACACCAAACCAGGAAUUCCCGGCGAUUUGUUUCUCGAUGUCGUUUUAAAUCCUUGCAAAGCUGGCAAAGCUUCCCAGCAGUGGAAAACAACCCCAACCGGGAAUAUCGUGAAUGUGGCUUCGAGGUAUUGCAUCGACAUCAAUGCAUCAAAUUAUAAGGAUGGCACAAAGUUAUUGGCUUAUACCUGCGGCAAUAAGCAAAAGAACCAGGUUUGGAGCCUCCCAAAUGGCGUUGACGGCGUCUGGAGCAUCCGAGUGUAG